AUGAACAAGCUGAAUGUUGAUUCGUCCAGGAACUCCCUCGCCCGCCCUACGAGCACUGCCACCGGCAAACGGCAAUCGGGACUUGAUCCUUCCACCAUCAAUGCAAUGUUUCCUGACGCCGCCGCAGCCAUUGCGACCGAGAAGGCCAAGUUCACCCAGCAGACGGGCAACCCUCCCUCGUCCAACCGCAACAGCGCUGUAGGUGAUUCUCGGCAGUCUAUGGCUGCUCCGACAAUCGCGGGCCCUGCCGACAACCAUGACUCCAAUGGUCAAAACCAGUGGACUGGAGGCGAUCAAUCGGUUCAGGGAUCUAAAGCUCCGGGUGGUCAAACCCCGAUGGGUCAGUUUGUCCAGCCGCCCCCGUCGAGUGGUUUGAGGUCUCCUCGCCCGCCUCAGAUCUCGGGCAACCAGAAUAUCCAAAACACCACUUUGACGACCAAUGACAAGCCGGCAGACCUCCCUCUCCUGUCCCCCUAUAACCCGAGUGGUGGUAACUGGGCGUCGAUGGUCAAUACUCCGCUCGUGGCGAAUUUCAACGCCAAUACUAGCGGUACGCAGGCCGACAUGGUCGCAAAUGCCACCGCGAUGAAACUAGCAGCUUUGUCGACCGUUAACAAUCGCUUCGCUCUUGAUGAUGUUCGCAAGUAUCGCCGUGCCCGAUCCAACGAUGCUCCAGGUGCUCCAGGCCAGCAGGGUCUGCCUCAGAAUGCGCAGAUUCCCAAUACCAACGUGGUCAUGAUCAACGAGCACGGCCAGGUGCUUAGUCGCGAGCAAAUGAUUGCUUUGCAGGCACAAAACAUGGGCUUCGGCCAACAUCGAUCUCGACCCAGCUCGCCUGGCAUUGCCAUGCAGCCCGGAGGCUUCGGGCCCAUGGCUUUCGCUUCUCCGCAGAACAAUGGGUUCCUCAGCGCCUAUGAUGGCGCCUCUCCUCUUCUCAACAACGGCAUCCCUUCAGUCAACGUGGGCCAGCUAGGUGUAGGAAACCACGAAGGUUACCUUUCAGACCACUCCGAUAUGGUCCGUGGCCGAUCUCCCCGAGGUCGUAGGGGUAGCUCAAAGCCGCCUGAAGACCCGACAGACCCGACCCUUCUUCAGGAUAUUCCCAGCUGGCUGAGGAGCUUACGGUUGCACAAGUACACUGAAAAUCUCAAAGACAUGAAGUGGCAUGAAUUGAUUGAGCUCGACGACAAGGCGUUGGAGGAUCGUGGAGUCAACGCCCUCGGAGCUAGGAGGAAGAUGCUCAAGGUUUUUGAGCAAGUGAAGGGUAGGUACUUUUCCGAGCCAGCUUUUCUGCGGCACCAGCGCUAA